AUGAAAAAGAAACCCCAACAGCACAAACAUAACGAAGAUCGGUUUCGCACUUUAACCAACAAAACGAUAAUCCAGCGGACUUUAGUUUACGUCACCAACAUUCCUUAUUGUAUUAUUGAGGGUUUGACUUUCCCAGAGAUCUCGCAACGACUUUCAAGAUUUGAGUACUUUGGGCAAUACGGCGAGAUUGUGAAAAUCAUCCCAAACAUCAAAACCCUUCAUAACAUCCAAUCAACUACCGGCCCCUCGUUCUCAGCUUACAUCACUUUUAGAAACCCCGACAGCUCCGUCCAAUGCAUCCGAUCGACAAACGGAGGGUGGCUUGAGGGUAAGGUACUCAAUUCGUCGUUGGGCACCACAAAAUACUGUUCCCACUUUUUGCGAGGAAAACAGUGUAUAAACCCUGAGUGCACCUAUCUUCAUCAAUUAGUGUCGGAACGAGAUUAUGUGACGAAAGAUGAUUUGACUGCCGGAAAGAACCGGAUAGAAGAGGAUAUCAGCCAGCGUGUGGCAAUUGACUCAGCCGGCAAAAACUAUUUGCCGCCAGUGUUUGCGAUUGAACCCGUCGAGAUCGACUUGGACACCUUCACCUGCGAAUGCCAAAACGUCAUGAAGAUGGUCGGACGAUACCAUAAAGUCUUCAGCAAAGACGGAAAUAACUCGUACCCCGUCCACUCCUCGUUGUCGCCUUUAAGAGCGUUUCGAUACGACCAAAGCGACUCCCCAAAUAUCGUCGUCCCGAACUUCAUCUUCUUCUUAUACAAUACACGGUCAACGAACGAACCCGAAGUCUCGAUACCGAAAGAGUGGGGAGACCAACAGAAAAUCGACUCCACGGGGGACGAAGAGGAAGUUUUGGAAGAGUCUGAAGAGGAAAAGGAGGUUGAGAAUAAGUGUGAGGAGGAGGUCAAGACCCAAAGUAUUGUUUGUAAGGACUAUUUGCAAUCGUUGAAAAGCAUUGGGAAAAACAUGAGCAUUGGGGAACUCAUUAGAAAUUAUUAUGGAAGCGCAAACAAAAUGAAAGGAAAACAAAGUGAUGAACAAGAAAAGAUUGAAAAGUGCGGAACGAGCGAGAUACGAAUGCCAGAAAUGAAUGAGAUUGGCGAAAUGGCUGUGUUAAAUGAGACGGAAGAAACGAGUGACGAGAUAGAGAAGAAGGUCGAAACGAUCUUGGAAGAAAAUGAAGAAGAGAGCGGGGGAGAGGAAAUUGAAGAAGUCAAAGUUGAAAAAGUGAAAGACGAGUGGACGACCGUCGAAAAGGGAAGAUCUUUUAGAAAGGCAAAAUCAAAACCAUCGAAACAUGUUGGGAAUAAAGAGACGGAAGGAGAGAGUUCUGAGACGGACAACAGUGCAAAGGAUGACUUAGUCCGGACGAAAAGUGAUGAGACCUCAGAAAGCGAGAAAUUGGAAAAAUCAGAAAUAAAUGAAAAAAGUUCUGAAAAAUAUGAAGAGAGAGAUGAGAAGCGAGAUCGCAAAAGUCGGAAAGACCAAGAAAGGCAACGACUUAAAGAACAGGAAGAGAAGCGUCUCGAACGUGAGAGGAUUGAAAAGGAGAGAAUAGAACGUGAGAAGAACGAGAAAUUGGAGAGGGAACGCAUCGAGAAAGAACGGCUUGACAAAGAAAAAAAAAGCAAAGAAAAGGCAAAAGAUGACGACUCCAAAGACGAGCAAAAGUCUUUAAAGAAAAACAAACUUAAGAACAAAAAAAAGAAUAACAAGAAGAAGCAAACAAAGCGAACCACCGAGAAGAAAGAACCCAUAGACGAAGCACAGAAACCACCAACAAGAGAACUCCCGAAGGUCAGAACACAAAUGGACCCUCUAGAGAUCAUCGAGACGAGAGUUAAAGAACUCCAAAAAAGAUGUUUACAACUCUUCGAUCGAUCGUCCACUCAAAUUCAGGUCCUUGCCGACAGAAAGGUCGAAAUCACUCCAAUCAUCUGUCAAUACCCUCCUUCUUACUUCGUGGUUGACCAUUAA